AUGGUAUAGUCAAGGUUUCGUCAUUAACAGGUCUGACUAACUUCUCCUUCCCCUAAAAAAGAUAUAAUUAGCUUCCCCACUUUCACUGUUGCGUCCUCUUCCUCUUCUUCUUCGUAACAGAGAUUGGAGUUUGGAGACGCAGGUAGGGGCAAAAAAAUCAAAUAUGGUUUUUAAGAAAACGAAGCUCUUCUUCUCCUCGAAGAAAUCAGGAUCCUCCGAUAGCUCCAACAGUCCCCGAUCCGUCGGCUCAAACUCUCCAAUCGGAUCCGAUAACCAUAAAUCCAAAAGCCCUAAGUCAAGCCAUUCUCCUUUCGCCGGAGUCUUGGACGGUUUCAAGAAGAAGGAUGGUUCAUCACCAAAGGCCAAAGAAACCUCCUCGUCCGAUCAAGUCCCCGGAAAAUCGAAAUUGUCGUCUGAACCGAGUAAACUAACUGCCGAAACGCCUAUCCUGGCGUCGUCUCUAGGUUUAAAUCGAAUCAAGACGAGGUCCGGCCCGUUACCGCAGGAGAGCUUCUUCAAUUUCGGGGAUGAUAAAGCGGUUUCGAUCCCGCCCAAGCCGGUUACUCGUUGGGACUCUGGUUCGAGUAGUAGUAGCAAUACGAAGAAGAAGGAAACGAAUGUUGAUCGGCAAAGCAAAGUUCCGUCAAUGCCGGCAUUGAGCACUGGUAAGCUCAAGGUGCCACCUGGCGGCGCUGGCACACCAGAGAAUUCAUAUGAAUUGGAGCCAGAAACACCUCGUAACCAGGCCUUACUUCGUAUGACCAGUGCUCCAAGAAGGAGGUUUUCUGGUGACAUCAAGAGCUUUUCUCAUGAGUUGAACUCCAAAGGUGUAAGGCCUUAUCCUUUAUGGAAGCCUCGUAGGUCAAAUAGCGUUGAGGUAAUCUUGAAUCUAAUCCGGACCAAGUUUGAUAAAGCAAAGGAAGAAGUAAAUUUGGACCUUGGAGUAUUUGCUGGAGACCUGAUUGAGAUUUCUGAGGAAUAUGCGGAAAGUCAUCCUGAGUGGGAGGUAACGAUUUACGACUUGUUGAUCUUGGCACAGAAAUGUACCAAGUCUACGUCAGGAGAGUUCUGGCUUCAGUGUGAGGGCAUAGUUCAAGAGUUAGAUGAUAGACGUCAGGAGCUUCCCCCGGGGGUGCUCAAGAAGCUUCACACUCGGAUGCUGUUUAUCCUUACCAGAUGUACGAGACUACUUCAAUUUCAUAAGGAAAGUUGGGGGCAGGAGGAAGAGGCCGUACGUCAGUCGAGAGUCUUGCAUUCUGCGGAUAAAAGAGUCCCCACCGGAGAAGUUAGGGAUAGGAGGGGAUCAACUGCUGCCACGGCCUUAAAGGUACCAUCCACCAAGAAAGCUUUUAGUCAGGAGCAGCGUGGUUUUAAUUGGAAAGAGGACUUUGUUAAUCGUCCAUCUCCUCUCUCUUCACCGUACAAUGAAACUUCAAAGGAUUCUGAAUCACAUGUAAACAUGGACAGAAUGUCUUCUUGGAAAAAACUUCCAUCUCCAGCGUCAAAGGGUGUAAAAGAAUCUACAGUAUCAAAAGAGCAGACUGAUAGCAAAACUGAACCUCCAAAAGUAGCUACGAGUGAUGAUAUGACUGUUUCUAAGCCGCCAGAGAGUUCUCCCAAAAAAUUGUCUCAUGAACAUAUGACCAAGCAUCGGCACAAUGUUUCUUGGGGUUACUGGGGGGAUCAGUCAUAUAUUUCUGAGGAAAGUUCAAUUAUUUGUCGUAUAUGCGAAGAGGAUGUUCCUACCACCCACGUGGAAGAUCACUCUAUAGUCUGUGCGUUGGCUGAUAAAUAUGACCAAAAGGGUCUGAGUGUUGAUGAACGGUUGGUGGCAGUUGCUGUAACUCUUGACAAGAUAACAGAGACAUUCAUACAGAAAGAUAGCCUAGAGGCGGUAGAAAGUCCAGAUGGUAUGAAAAUAUCUAAGGCGAGCUUGACCGGAGAAUCUGAUGCUCUCUCCCCAAAGCUAAGCGACUGGUCGCGAAGAGGGUCCGAGGACAUGCUUGACUGUUUUCCGGAGGCAGAUAAUUCAGCUUUCAUGGAUGAUAUGAGAGGUUUCACUUCAUUGUCAUGCAGAACUCGUUUUGGUCCCAAGUCUGAUCAAGGCAUGACUGCUUCAUCUGGCGGUAGCAUGACCCCUAGAUCCCCCAUUCCAACUCCUAGAUCCGAUCCAGUUGAACUGUUUUUAGGAGGCAAGGGUACAUUCCAUGACCUGGAUGAUAUUCCACAGAUAACUGAACUUGCUGACAUUGCAAGACGCGCAUCAAAUGCCAUUCCAGAUGGUGAUCGGUCCAUUCGACUCUUACUUUCCUGUCUUGAUGACUUGAGGGUUGUCAUAGACCGCAGAAAUUUUGAUGCGCUUACAGUAGAAACUUUUGGGACACGCAUAGAAAAGUUGAUACAGGAAAAGUAUCUUCAGCUUCUAGAUGAUGAAAAGUUCGACCUAUCAAGCACCGUAAUUGAUGAAGAUGCUCCUUUGGAAGAUGAUGAUGUUAUUCGCAGCUUGAGGACCAGCCCAGUACAUCUGCAUGACCGCAUAUCCAUAGAUGAUUUUGAUGAGUUAAAAGAAAUUAGUAGGGGAGCUUUUGGGCGAGUUCUUUUGGCUAAAAAGAGAACAACAGGAGACCUAUUUGCAAUUAAGGUUCUGAAGAAGGCAGAUAUGAUCCGCAAGAAUGCUGUUGAAAGUAUACUUGCUGAACGAGAUAUUUUGAUCAACGUCCGCAAUCCCUUUGUGGUUCGAUUCUUCUAUUCUUUUACUUCUCGCGAAAACCUGUAUCUUGUGAUGGAAUACCUGGGUGGAGGUGAUUUUUAUUCGCUGUUGAAAAAUAUAGGUUGCAUGGAUGAAAGUAAUGCCCGUGUAUACAUUGCUGAAGUGAUCCUUGCUUUGGAAUAUCUACACUCUGAGGGCGUUGUGCAUCGUGAUUUGAAACCUGACAAUUUGUUGAUUGCACAUGAUGGUCAUGUUAAGUUAACAGAUUUUGGGCUCUCCAAAGUUGGUCUCAUCAGCAGCACCGAUGAUCUCUCUGGUCCAGAUUUUGGUGCGUCGUCUCUGUUUCUUGAGGAGAAACCAAAAUGGACAACAUCGGAGAAUGAGUUUGGAAGUCGUGAUAAGCGGUCUGCAGUCGGCACUCCUGACUACUUGGCGCCGGAAAUUCUUCUGGGGACAGGACAUGGUGCAACUGCGGAUUGGUGGUCUGUUGGUAUCAUUUUGUUUGAAUUCAUUGUGGGGAUUCCACCCUUCAACGCUGAUCAUCCUGAGCAAAUAUUUGACAAUAUCCUCAACCGUAAUAUACCAUGGCCUAGUGUUCCAGAGGAGAUGAGCCAUGAAGCCCGUGAUUUGAUAGAUCGGUUACUAACGGAAGAUCCUCAUCGGAGACUUGGAGCUAGAGGGGCUGCUGAGGUAAAGCAGCACAUCUUCUUUAAAGACAUAAACUGGGACACUCUAGCAGAGCAGAAGGCUGCAUUUGUGCCGGAUUCAGAAGAUGUUCUUGACACAAGUUACUUCCAGUGUCGCUACCAGCCUAGUUUUUCGGAUAAGCAAUGUUUUCCAACCAAUGAGAAUGGAGAUUCUAGUGAAAGUGGCAGCAGUGGUUGCCUGAGCAAUGAUCCCAACGAAGAGAUUGAUGAACGUGGCGGAUCUGCGGAGUUGGAAACUAACGUGUCUAAAAAUAACCCAUUCGAUAAUUUCUCGUUCAAGAACCUAUCGCAGCUGGCAUAUAUCAACUAUGAUGUGAUAUCCAAAGGUCAGAAAGAUGGAACACCAGCAAAUUUGCAUCGAAGAUAACAAACAAAUCAAAGCUACUUGAUAUUUCUGUACAUAGACGUAAAGAAAAAGAGAGGAAAACAAAAAGGGAAAAUGGAUAUUGAAACAUUAUUUGGCCGCAUAACGCAUAGUGUUUUGCGCUAUGUAGCUGGUUAAUAUUUGUUUGGAUUUGUGGUUAUAUAUGAACAUGGUUUCAGGCUUUGGCAUUUCCACCUUCAGAGAGAGGUUGUGAAAUGAUGUGUCUAAGUAAAUUAAGUGAAACAUUAUCUCAAUAUUCCUUAACUGUUUGUGGAUGAUUUUAGGCUGCACAUGAAAUAGAAUCAUCACUCUCUCGUUGUC